ACAGAGGCGGAAAUAACAAAGUAGAAGCUACGGGUUUUCGCGCACGUGUCACGUGUCGUCAAAGUUUUUAAAUGUCGUUAGUUAGCAGCUGUUAACAGCAUUUUUCCAUCAGACGUCAAUUUUCGUAAUGUUUGUUCUUUUUAGAUAGUUUUUAUUUCAGUUUAUUAGUGAUUUGACACCCAACAAAUCCACAACGAUUGAAAUAUGGAAUGUCCGCCUCUUGUCAGACCGUUCAAGGUCGUUGAGGCGAAGCAGCGGGCGACUUUGAAAAGACCUGAUCUUUUUCCGUGCCUGAGUAAACUGUCACCUGUCACGUGGUAGUCAUUGAACAGAAAAGGCUAAAACGCCUGUUACUUUAAAAGUCCAGCGCAAAUAAGUCUAAAAGAAACCUUUUAACUUUAGGACAGUCAAAACUAAGAGAUUUACACGACAAGGGUACUGUUUUGGGGCCACGUGAUAUUCCUCUUGUAUGUAAAUGAUCUUCCUCGCCUAAUAUCAUCAUCGGUCUCGCUAUAUACUGACGAUGUCAAAAUAUGGAAAGCGAUCCAAAGUAAGGGUGAUAGCUUAGAACUCCAAAUUGACCUGGAGAAAUUAUCUGAAUGGUCUAAACCUGGCAGUUGCCAAUAUAUACUUCCAAGUGUGUUGUGAUGCAUAUCGGUCAUCAAGGUACAGAUACAUACACGAUCAAUAACACCGAGCUACCUGACACAGUGACUUAGGAGUCAUCGUUAACCAAGACUUAAAGACUACCUCAGACUGCCGUUCAAUAGCCGCCAAAGGUUUUAAAACUUUAUGGUCAAUACGUAGGGCUUUUAAUCAUGUCGACACUGAAACGUUUUUGACUUUGUAUACAGUGUUCGUACGUCCUAAACUUGAGUACUGCAGACAAGCGGAUAGCCCCUGCUUAAAAAAAGACAGUCAACUUUUGGAAAAGGUCCAUAGAACAGCAACUAAGCUGAUUCCCGGAAUAGCGAAGCUCUCAUAUGAUGCUCGACUGGUCAAGCUAAACCUAUUCCCGUUGUUAUAUCGAAGAACCAGAGGCGACCUGAUUACAGUUUCCAAAUUGUUUAGUGAUAAAUUUGCACCUGAUAUGCCCUCAUUUUUCUUGUCUUCUAAAACAGAGAAUUUACGAGGACACUCCAAAAAGUUCAUAAACUCAGGACAAAUAACAUGUCAGUUGACUAUCGACUUUCUCAUCGAAUCACCAACGAGUGGAAUUCAUUACCUCAGCACGUGGUUGAGGCUCCAUCCGUCGACUCUUUCAAAAGGAAGUUGGAUCAAUUAAGAGACCAUCAUUGCCAGGACUAACACAAGCUAUCAAGCCUCCUGUCCUUUCCAAACUGAAACUGAAACGAAGAAAAAUACCAAUCCCCACUUAGAACAGCGCUCCCAGUUUAAAGUGCAAUAAUCCUAGGACUGGAUUCAACUAUCUGAUUCUAGUUUGCAUUGUGAUCUAGGCCUUUUGUUAUUUUUGGUUUUUGUCUAUUGCUUGCCUCAAUAAAUUCAAGUGCAUUGUGUGCUUCUGCUGGGUCAUCGAGUCGUCCUUCACCAUUGUUCUCUUUUCAAGCACUCCACUCAUGCUACUGUGCACGCUCCCCUGGUGCUCAAGAUACUUGGCUAGACUGGACCUGCUACAUUCUUGGUGGGCAUGUAAGGGCCUUACUGGUUAGAAGUCUAUGAUGCGUUGCAGACUUAUUACGAGCCCUAAUUAAGGUACUACAAACGCUUGAACAGUGCUUUGUCAAAAGUGCUAGUUAUGUAGAGGAUUAAACUAUCUGAAAAUUCUACAACUAUAUUUUUACUUAAAUUUAUCAUACUUCGGAAAAACAGCAAAAUCUCAGAGUUCUGGUAUCUUUGUAGGUACAGAGUUUUUGAGCUGGAACUAUGUUACAAAAGGACUAAACAGACUUGAGACACUGUAUAUAGACUCAAGACCUGGUUUAAGUUCCUUACCUCGAUUAAAAACUCGAAUUUCUAAAUAUGUACUUUUCCCCUUUAACUUUAAAAAUAACUCAGAUGAAAAGGUUCGUUACUCAUCAUGAAAAGACUUAUCUCUUGUAAGUUUACCACUUAAAAAUCGCAAAUUGUUUCAUAGAAACAAAGUUUUGCGACUGAUUACUCAAGUUAAUUUGAAAUUUUCAAUGUCCUCUAUAGACUACUUCCGUAAACGUACCCCUUUUUCUAAGCCUAACUCACAUGGAGCAGAUUCGUGAUUCAUCUUCAAUUUCUCUAUCCUUUGUAAUCUUAACACUUGCCGACAGAUCUAUUUGCUUAGUCUGACUUCGAAGAUGUAGUAAUCUGGAAUACUGUAAUAGAUCCACACGGCUGGUUCGUCGCCUGUCUAAAAGUAAAUAAAAGACAAAAACCAAGAUUAGGAACAUAUUUAUCGAUUCAAACAAAUUUUAAGAUCAAAAUCAGCAAGUAUUUGCCAUUUUAAGCUCUAGCUUUUCAGUCUAGAAACUGCAUUUCGAGCUGAAAGGCCACUGGUUCGUAACCUGCAUAUCCACUUUACCUUAAUCAACCAGGUAGAAUCUCUAUAAAGAUACAGAUAAAAACUUCACACAAGUAGUAAUUAAAACCUAAAUAAACCGGUUCUUUUCCAACAAGUAAAAGUAUAGUAAAUUAGAGUAGCCAUAUCGUUUUUCUAGGUUCUUAUUUUAAAGUGGUUAAUAUAAUAAGUUGAGAUCUAUGAUCGGUGUUUACUUUAGGUGUCCGGAUAGCACAGUUAACUCGGAUGAAAUAUCGCUCACAUACGCGUAUGUUGACUUUUGAUUGUAUGAUUUGAAAUAUUAUUGUCUUUCAUUUAUCUUAAACCAGGGUAGAGUGUUCUAUUUCUUCGUAACAGUAAGCCUAAAUUGUAAACUAGAUGCGUAUGCAAACCGUAGUCAAUGUGUCUAGUACAUUUCACCGAUAUAUUAUUGUAAUUAAUAUUAUCGGUUUGUAAAACAAUGCAAAAUGAGAUCAAGUUUGCUCUUAAUUUCAUCCACAACUGUAAAAAAGCAACAGAAAAAAGAUUGUGGCACCACUAUUUUUGUCAGCGUAAUUUUGCCAGUGUUCUUGGUAUAGAAACGAGCUGUGACGAUACAGGUGCAGCUGUUAUAGAAACAUCAGGAAAACUACUUGGAGAUUGUCUAUCUUCGCAAGCGAGGAUUAGUGUUAUGUUAGGUGGUGUAGUACCAUCCGUAGCAGCUGAACUCCACAAGGAAAACAUUGAAUCAGUUGUAAAUACUGCUAUGGCCAAAUCCAACAUUGGGUUCCGGGAUUUAGAUUUUGUUGCAGUUACAGUAAAACCAGGUAUGCCACUAUCUCUAAAGAUUGGAGUUAGUUUCGCUAAAUCUCUAGCAAGUCGAUUAAAGAUUCCUAUCAUACCGAUUGAUCAUAUGGAGGCUCAUGCGCUGACAGCUCUAUUUACAGAUCCUCAGUUGAAAUUUCCCUAUAUAAUCCUCUUAAUAAGUGGUGGUCACAGUAUUUUGGGCAUUGUUCAAGGGUUAGAGGAUUACGUUUUAUUAGGUACAGCAUUAGAUGCCUCUCCAGGUGAUAUUCUUGAUAAGAUUUCUAGGCGUCUAAAACUAAAUCGUUUGUCAGAUGAGUGUUUGAAAGGCGUUGCAGGUGGUAAGGCUAUCGAAAUAAUUGCAAAGACUUAUAAUGGUGAUCAUCAACGAUUCAACCUACCUUUACCACGUUCACAAUCUAAGGAUUGUGAUUUCUCAUUUAGUGGAAUCCAUGUGGCUGCAGAACAAUUGAUCAAUAAAUUGGAAUCUGAAAAUCAUGGUAAUGGAUGCACUUUAUCGACCCAAGAUAUUGCUGAUGUUUGUGCAUCUGUGCAGUUCUGUAUGACAAGAUUAAUCUGUCGGCGUGUUCAGCGUGCUAUUGAAUACUGUUUGUUGAACACUGAUUCCAGAGCCAGUGUAAUUAGAAAUCAUCCUACAGCUUUGGUUGUUUCUGGUGGGGUUGGCUCUAAUUGUGUUAUUCGUGCCGGUUUAACUGAGGUAGCUAAUCAUUAUAAUUUGAGAUUUGUGGCUCCUCCAUCAAGUCUAUGUACUGAUAAUGGAAUUAUGAUAGCAUGGAAUGGAGUUUUACUUCAAAAAGAAAAUUCUUCUCGUAUUACAGAAGAUCUCUCUUCUGUUGAUUUUUGUCCAAGAUCUACAUUUGGUGUUGACUGUCGAGAAGAUGUGAAACAAGCUAACAUAUCAAUUGAACCAAUUAAAUUAUCCAAUACUAUUUUUCAAUCAUAAGUAAUAGUAGUACUAUUUCUUUUGUUUAAAUUCUUUGUGAAUAUGUAUAAAAUGAACGGUGAUUGCAAAAAUUCUAUGACGUAAUUUCUUGAAUAAAAGUAAUAUGUAUUCUAAAAACUUUCAUUUUCUAUUUGAACGAAUAAAUUUCACAGUAGUCAGACGGUGAUUUAAAUGAAUGACCAAAAACAUCUCAGAGAUUUGAACUUCAAAAACAAAUAGAACAUUUCGGUUCAUCGAAUAUGUACGGCCACCAUGAAUUGAUUGAAGUUGGGACCAUUGAGUGUGGUAGCUCAAUGUACUGAAAAAAAAUGCACUCACAACAGAAUUUCAUAGCUUUGUGUUAAUUCCCUUGAUACGGUUAUAAAUGAACAUCACUAUGUAGACUUCUUAAUUUACAGCAAUUAACUAGUCAAAAUCAAUUUAUGAUGUAUGUCAUCGUGAAACUAAAACAAUUAUUGCAGCACAUAUACAUCGAUAUGUUUCGUGUGCUGUUGAGAAGCCCCACACUAGGACGAAACGCCCGUUCAGUGCUUUAAAUUUUCCAAUAAUUGUUUAACUUUGAUCAGUUCGUGAUUUCAAUGAAAUUACCAGUAUGAGGAUUUGUAGUAUUUUCACAGUUGAAAUCACGAAUCAAUCUAAGAUAGACCACUAAUGAGAAAAAAAAGAUCGACUCAUGGAUUCAACUCUAACAAUUCAAUGAAAUUAAUAACAAUAUUUUAAAACUAAA